AUCAGCAGUUUGCUGACAUCAGUUAGCAAACGCGUCCGAUUUAACGCGAUACACCUGUUACAAAAGAUAACUACAUUCAAUAAUUGUGCAUGCUUGAGAGGAAUCUUUGCUAAUAUAUACAAUUAACUGUCAUUUAUAAAAUUAUAUACAAGUCUUAAAAUAUAAUUUUAAGAAGAUGACAGUAGAAUUGAAGAAGUUUCUAUAUGGUUUGUUAAGUGGUAUAGAAGGUCUGCAUAGCAUAUUAAUUACAGACAGGGACGGAGUACCUGUUAUAUCUGUAGCCGAUGAGAAGGCACCAGAAUUAGCUAUGAGAGCUAGCUUCUUGUCUACUUUUGGAAUGGCAACAGACCAGGGAAGUAAACUGGGUCUUGGAAAAAAUAAAACUAUUAUAUGCAUGUAUAGCAAUUAUCAGGUGGUGCAGAUGAAUAAAUUACCGUUGGUUGUAAGUUUCAUCGCUAGUCACAAUUGCAACACUGGUCACAUAUUGUCAUUGGAAAAUAAGAUUGAUCCUAUUUUAAGUAGUUUAAAAAAUGCAGUAGUGGAAGCCUGAUGGUUACCUGUUGUUCAUUAUGGGUGAUAAAUGCUGAAUACUACUGAGAUACAAAUUUAUGAAUCAUUGUGAGUGUUAUACAAACAGUGCCUGUGUUACAAUGUCAGUACUUUUCUCAGUGGAAACCGAUCUGUUUCUAUAUUUCUAUUUGCUAACGCUUUUGUAUGAUAUCAAAAGCGUAUCCAUAUAUAUAUAUAUAUAUAUAUAUAUAUAUAUAUAUAUAUAUAUAUUCUGAGAGCAGGAAUAAUUAUAGUAUAUUUCAAAAUAAAACUAUAUUGUAUAGUCCUUUAAACACUUCAGAAAGAUAUUUUAAAGACUAAAGUGUGAUUCUUUUGUCAAAGGAAAAGAAAUAUAUAUAAAAAUUUUUUCUGUAAAAUCAUUCCUAUUCAGUAUAAAACUUUCCAAUUAAUAUUAUUAAAUGAAAAAGUAUGUGACAACAAUCAAAUGAAAUAUUAAAGAUAAUUUUCCAAAAAUUGGAUAAAGGAUAAAUUUGAAAAUCUUACAAAAUUCCAAGAAAUAUGUUUAAAUACAAUAAUGUAAUACUGAUGUUUUACAAUUUUUGAGGAUAUCCUACACAUAUCCUACACACAUACGCACAUGCAGUAAAUAAUAUACAGUAAGUCAUUCCAGCAGAAUACCAAACAGAAUAACUAAAUUUAGCAAGUAAUUUCCCACAGUAUCUUGAUAAUUCACUUUGUACUAACAAAAUACCUGCUUUAUCAUUUUUAGUGACAUAGAAACUUUAACAGUUACGAAUAAUCAAAUUAAUCUGAUAAAUAAGUUAUGUUUGUAAAGAAUAAUUGUAAAAAGAAAUAGGGAUUUCUAUAUUAAAUCACAUAUCGAUAAAUAGUUAUCUUUAUAGUAAUAUUUAUUAUGCAUAAAUAAUAUAAUAUAUAAAUCAUACAAGACUAAAUGUACAGGAAAAGAACUAUAAAGAAUAUACCAAGGGUUUGUCCUUGAGACUAUUUAAAAUA